AUGAGCCAACAAUAUACCGCAGUUGCUUCCACAGAGCAGUCUCUUGAGAACGAAUCCAACGAUGAAACUACCGUCUUAUUUCGCACCUCUACUGAAGAAGCCUCCACUUCAUCAGCCCCACAUCAACGAAUAACAGAAAACGAUGGUGUUUUUGCAAAUCUCGCUGCAAAGCCAGAUGCACCAUCGAAAGCAUUCCAAGAAUUCGAACCUCCAAGCUACGCCGAAGCUACAUUCGAUCCUGCUCCAGCAUAUCUCGACACUACUGUCAUGAGCCAUGAAUAUGGUGACGAUGGUAUCAUGGUCGAAGGAAUGCCUGUCGGCAACUUCUUUGCCUUCUUCAUCAACCUUAUGGUCUCAAUGAGCUUUGACUUUAUUGGAUUCCUCUUGACCUCGCUGAUGUCUACUUCACACGCCGCAAAGUGCGGAUCUCGCAGUGGUCUUGGAAUAACGCUGAUCCGAUAUGGAUUCUUGUUGAAGAAUAAGGCUAUGCAGGAUGAAUCUGAUUUCUACGAUCCCUCCUCUCUUGACGACAUGGAUGAGGAAGAAAUCGCUCGCCAAAAUGAAUUCUUAUCGUAUAUAUUGAUUGUCGUAGGCUUCUUUGUAUUGCUUCGGGCAAAUGGAGAGUACGUCCGCAUCAGACGCAUGGAAGCUGCCAUCCUCUCUUCCUCGGCUUCUAUCCUUGUCUGA